AUGAUGGAGGGUAUCGAAGUGCAGGUUAAACCCUCGUGGCUGGGGCAGAUUGAAGCCGUUGACCCGCCUGGACUGCCCCGUGGACGAUUUCUGAUGGGAGACGAUCCGCGAUUACCCGAGAUGCCCGCGGCACCCACACUGAUUGAUUUCUAUCAACUUCGCGUAGCGCUGCAACCCACCGGCUACGCACACAUGUUACAAAGCGCGCAUCGCGCAAUGCAGCAAGGUGCUUCGGAAACGGUCAUCCUUGCCUGCCUGCUUCACGAUAUUGCAGUGACCAACCUGAUUCGGGCAGAUCAUGGCUACUGGGCUGCAGCCUUAAUAGAGCCUUAUGUGCACCCCGAGGUAACCUGGGCGGUGCGUUACCAUCAGGCACUGCGCUAUUUUGCUGAGCCCGACUACAACUACGACUAUCCCGCUUUUUAUAAAAGUGCUUUUGGAGAAGACUUUGUGGUGCCUGCUUACCUUCACGCUGACAGGGAUCGCGCUCGCCAGCACACAUGGUACGACACCGCUAUGCAGGUGGUGGUCAAUGAUUUUUACGCCUUCGAACCUGAUGUUGAGCUGGAUCUGUCUCCCUUUGUGCCGCUCAUUGAAGACAAUUUCAACCAACCCCCAGAGGGGCUGGGUUUUGACAAUAGCGGCCCGGAUUAUCAGGCCAUCGCACCCCUCCACGCAGCGGCGCUGGCGGAGGGCCGGCUGAUUGAGUCGUCCGAGUUGCUGGGCUGCGAAUUUCUAUUCGGCUGGCUGACCAAGCGCAACACUUUUACCCUUGCUGACACCCUCAACAGCCUGCAGCUCGGCAUGCUGUCGCGCCUGCGCGGAUUGGUGCAGCUCGGCUUAAUCGGUAUCGCCUUUGGCGCGCUCACGGAAAACUUCACGCUGUUUGCGCUGGACCCCGGCCAAUGGUGGGUCUGGGUAUUCGCCUUUGUCGGUUAUGACCUGGGCUACUACUUUUCUCACCGCUACGGGCAUGAGUGGCGCAUUCUGUGGGCCUCUCAUGUGGUCCACCAUCAAAGUGAACAGUACAACCUGUCCACCGCUUUACGACAAACCAGUACCGGCUGGUUGAACGGUAUUUUCUACCUACCCCUUUAUAUUAUUGGCGUACCUGUAGAGGUCAUGAUCAGCGUCGGCAGUCUUAAUCUGAUUUAUCAGUUCUGGGUGCACACUGAACACGUCGGCGAACUCGGCGUCAUAGAAAAAAUCAUGGUCACCCCAUCUAACCAUCGCGUGCAUCACGCAAAGAACCCCAUGUACAUCGAUAAAAACUAUGGUGGUGUGUUUAUCCUCUGGGAUCGUCUGUUUGGGACCUACCAACCGGAACUAACAGAUCAACCCUGUCGUUAUGGUAUUACCCGCCAGCUGCAAAGCUGGAACCCGGUAUGGGCUAACGUCCACGCCUGGCUCGAUACCGCUCAACAGAGUUGGCAAACACCCAGACUCAGCGACAAGAUUAAAGUCUGGUUUAAAAGCCCUGCCUGGGAUGCACCGGGCAUUGCCAGCACGCCAGCGGAUUGGCAGGCGGCCAAAUUCCAACCUGUCACCAGUCGUUAUGGGGCUGCGCUGCAUUUGUACUGUUGA